GGAAAGGGGGCGUGUCCUGAGGCGAGUCCCAGCUUGUCAUUGGAUGUCAUAUGAUUGACGUGCUGACGUGGGCGUGAGCGCUCAGGAAGUUUUAAUGACUCGUUGUGUUUAAGUCCCAGACCAUGAACUACGUGGGUCAGCUGGCAGAGACGGUGUUUGUGACUGUGAAGGAACUGUAUCGCGGUCUGAAUCCGGCCACGCUCACCGGCGGCAUCGACGUCAUCAUUGUUCGCCAGCCUGAUGGAAGCUACCAGUGCUCGCCAUUUCACGUGCGCUUUGGGAAACUCGGAGUCCUGCGGUCCAAAGAGAAAGUGGUGGAUAUUGAGAUCAAUGGAGAGCCCGUGAGCCUGCAUAUGAAGCUUGGAGAUAAUGGAGAGGCGUUCUUCGUGGAGGAGAACGAGGAUUUUGAGACGCGGGUUCCCGCUCAUCUCUGCACCUCUCCGAUCCCCACCGACGUCCCAGAAUUGUCCGAGGUGACCGAGUCUCCCUCCAGCGUCACAUCCUCCUCCAGUCGCCGCAAAAAACGCCGCAGGAAACGGGCGCGUUCGGACAUGCAUCUGCAUGAGGAGGCCAGUUCCUCCUCAGACGAGAAAGAAAGUCUAGAUCAGGAUCUCCUCAAGGAGGAGUCGCUUUUGGCCGCAAGUAAGUCUGUGUACUAUUCGAUGUCAGAAGAAACCUACGAGGAACCUACGAGCAGAGACGUUCAUCCUCACUCUGAUGGAGAGUGUUCUUUAAAUGAGAGUGUGUUCUUCAGUCGUCCCUCCUCUCCUAAGAGCGAUUCAGAGUUAUGUAAGGCGCAGGAGUCUCUAGGGCCUCAGAUGCAGUGGAACUGGGGCGCUUUUCCCAAGGUGUGUCAGGCAGAGAAGGAUGAAUCUGAUUCGCUGCGUGACCCGCCCUCCCCCAUCACGCCCUCUGACCACUCCCACUUCCGAACGAUCCAUCGACAAGCGUCCAUCGACUUGGACGGCACUGACUCCACAGCGACAGUGACAGUGGUGAGACCAGAACCUCAGAUAGGUACGACCAGCCCUGUUCUACCAGAUGACACUCAAGCAGUUGUUUCGUCUUCAAUCAACACACAACUGGACAUCAAGGUCACCAAAACGCAUGUAGUGACCUUUCAGUCCGUGGAUGACUCCUUCCCACAGGCGCUGGAAAACAAAGAGACCAAAGACUUAACCGUCGACACGGUUAGCAGCACAGACAAUGACACUCAGAUACAUAAUAUAACCAGCUCUACUAUCACAAUCAAUGGGACCAGUGCUGUCAAAAGUGCAGAUAGUUUACACACCAUAGUUAAUGUGGAAAGUCAAGAAACGUGUCAUGAAAACAAUGUCUCAGUCGCAUCCAAAAUCCAAACCGUCUCAUUUGGUGAGACUGAAUCAAAUGCGGUUUUAGAAGCAGAAACGGAGAUAAACUCAGCGGACGCAAUCACAGUUUUACCAAAACACCAAAGCUCCGUGGGAGACUCCGAGGAGGGGGCGGGAUUAGAGACUUCACUGACCAAUCAGAACGCUGAUGGUGCGGGAGUGACACCAGCUCUGGAGUCCAUCAUCAAAUCAGAGGAUCCAACAGUUCUUGAGUCCUCGAAAGCAACAGACUCUCAGGACAAGAGGAAAGUGAAGCGGAGUCAUCAUUUGGGACCAUCUGACAUCUAUCUAGACGACCUCUCCAGUCUUAACCCUGAAGUCGCUGCCCUCUAUUUUCCAAAGAGUGAGACAGAGUCGUCGAGCUCAACUCAUCGUCCGGAUCCGUCUCCUCCCUCGGGUCAGCUGUCGCCUCAGUCACUGGGCAGCACCAACGCAGACAGCGGCACGGAGUAUCUGUCCGACUCUACGACAGACACGCUGGACGUGACCAUGUCUCUGUGUGGAAGAGGAGACAUCAGUCAGAUCAGUAAAGAGAAGUUCACAGAGCAUCUUGUCAAAUAUCAAGACUUUGUCAACAACCCUGGAAUUAUUGAAGACCCAAACCUGGUCAUCUGCAUCAACUCAAAGUAUUAUAACUGGGCAGUGGCAGCUCCAAUGAUUCUGUCAGUUCAGGCUUUCCAGAAGACUUUACCUAAGAGCACUAUUGAGCAACUAGUCAAAGAUAAGAUGCCAAAAAAGUCUGGGCGCUGGUGGUUCUCCUGGAGGAGGAGAGAUAUGAACAAUGUUGCGGGAAGCCAGAAGCCUGGCACAGAGGGGAAUCAGCUUGAAGCGUCUGCCGCGAUCGCUGGAACCUCUUCACUGAAGAGUUCUGUUGAACUCUCAAGUGAUGAGGAUGGCUCUGUCUCCAUGAGGAAGAACAAUGAUGCAGUGAACACAGCGCAGUGCAUCAGUCAGAUGUACCGCAAAUCCCUCCGACUGACCUCUGAACAGAUCGAUAGUCUGAAUCUGCGCGAAGGAGCCAAUACGGUUGUGUUCAGUGUGACCACACAGUAUCAGGGCACCUGCCGCUGUGAAGCCACCAUUUACCUGUGGAACUACGAUGACAAAAUCAUCAUCUCAGACAUCGAUGGGACCAUCACUAAGUCGGAUGCUCUGGGGCACAUUUUACCACAGCUGGGGAAAGACUGGACUCAUCAUGGCAUCGCCAAACUAUAUCACAAAAUACAUCAGAAUGGUUACAAGUUCCUGUACUGUUCGGCUCGAGCCAUAGGCAUGGCAGACAUCACUAAGGGUUACUUGCAGUGGGUGAAUGAUCGAGGAACGGUUUUACCCAAAGGACCGGUGCUACUGGCUCCCAGCAGCUUGUUCUCAGCCUUUCACAGGGAGGUGAUUGAGAAGAAGCCGGAGGUGUUUAAGAUCGCCUGUCUCACUGAUAUCAAAGAGCUGUUCAGUUCUGUCAGACAGCCUUUUUACGCCGCCUUCGGCAACAGAACUAACGAUGCAUAUGCGUAUAAGGAAGUUGGUGUACCUGAGACUCACAUCUUCACUGUAAACCCCAAAGGAGAACUCAUACAAGAAAAGACCAAAGGAAACAAAUCCUCCUACUCUCAUCUCAGUGAGCUGGUGGAUCACUUCUUCCCCCUCAUCUGUAAAGAUCCCACCACAUCCUUCGACUGUCCUGAGUUCAGUCAUUUCUCAUACUGGAGGGAGCCGUUGCCUCCGCUGGAUCUCGCUGAUUUGAUGUAGAUGCAGCGUCCAUCUGGAUGGCUACUUCCACCGCUUCCACUCCACAUCAAUUAUCCGUUUAGUUCUACCUCUUUCUCAGCAUUUCUUCUCAUUUUCCCAUAAUGUUCAUAUGAGCCAAAUGCGUCUGUGCAUUUACGGCCAAACUUGCUGUAGCAUCAAAACUGGAGAAAAACGCACACGCACAACCCUGUGAAUCUACACAAUCACAUAUAUGACGAAUGUGCAAUGGUAAUGGUACAACACUAACACCAAGCAUCUCUUUCUUCAUCAGAAAUGCUCAGAGAAGCUCUUUUGACCCCACAGACGCAAACAAACCCAUUAAACUCAUCAGAGUGCCUUCAUAUAAGCCUGUGCACUGUGAUUAUAGUACUGGUGUGAGGUUCUCAUCAGUGUAUGUUCAUUUCAACUUCUCUUCCACAUAAUGGCCUUUGGUUUCUAGGGUUUUUAUUUGUUUUUUACAAUAAUUUUUUACAGUUGCUUUAUUUGAGUGGUUACUGUACUAGUGUGAGAUUUUUUUUUUUUAUUUUUUAUCAGCUGAUACUUUAUACAGCUGAACUGUAUUUUUAUUUAUUUUGAACAUUUAAAUUGAGCUAAAAAAAAAGACAGUCUGUAUGUAUUUGGCUUUCAUUUAUUGUAUUUAAAAGAACAUUGAAACAAUAAAAAAAAAUACUAAGUGA